AUGAUGACUGUCAAGGUUGUGCUGUGUUUGGUAGCAGAGGACGAUCUACAUCUGGAGCGGAUGAAUGUAAGAAAAACUUUCUUACAUGGAAAUCUGGAGGAUGAGCUAUACUUGAUGAAAACACAAGGUUAUAAGGUUCUAGGCAAAGAAUGUUUGGUCUGCAAAUUGAAGAAGAGUAUAUAUGGCUUGAAGAAGGCCCCGAGACAGCGGUACAAGAGUGUCCGGUUCUUCAUAAUUCCCUUAUUCUUCUUCUUCUUCUUCUUAUCAUUUUAUCCCAAUCUUCUCUUCUCCAUUAGCAAUAACAAUACAGACUACAAAGCACUUAUAUCUUUCAAGAAUGGGCUGUUGAAGCAGCAAAAUAGUUCUUCUUCUUCUGCUGCCACUUUUAUCCUGAACUCAUGGGGGGACGACAAUAACAAGCAUUUCUGCUCAUGGGAAGGGGUCACAUGCGGCCGCAAGCAUCCGGACAGAGUGACAGGCUUGGAUCUCGGCUCCACCGGCUUGAUAGAAAAUGGUGAAGCAGCUCGCCCAACAACCUCUACAGAUGUUUAUAGUUUUGGAAUAAUACUACUAGAGAUGCUUACCAGAAGAAGGCCUACUGAUCAUAUUUUUAACUACAACUUGAAUCUGUAUAACUAUGUCAGAAUGGUAUUUCCUCAUAGAAUCAACAACAUCAUAGAUCUUAAAAUGUUUACUGAAGAGGAAAGACAAACUAACAAAUGGAGUUGCCAAAACAUCAACAAUUGCUUGCUUUCCUUAGCAGAAGUUGGUCUCUCUUGCUCAGCUACAUUACCAGAGGAAAGGCCAUCCAUGAGAGAAGUCUCUACAAAGUUUGUCACCAUUGUCGUCCCUCGUCUUUUUCCCUCAUUGCAAAAGUAUAAAUCAUCAAAUACAUUAAAACCUCGUGUGCGUUAUUUUGAUGUAGUAGGAAAAAUUUGUCUAUUAAGUUCAUGUGCAUGUGUUCCAACGUGCUGUAGAAAGCCUGCAAAAAAAGUUCUCAUGUGUUUUGUUGCAAUGCAGCAAAGAAGUUCUCUUCCUCCGAUUUUUCUCAGCCCCUUGUAUUAA